UUUCUUCAUAAUUAUAUCCAGCGGUAUAAACGUAGCCCAGUGACACGCUUCGAGCUACGACGGCUGUCACGUGUGUGCGAUCCGCUUCAGCGGCGGCAUCGGCUAACGGCCAUGACGUCUGUUUUACACACUACAACCUGACAUUGAGCCAAAAUUUACUUGCGAAUCCCAUCUGCUUCCAGAGCAAUUCAUGCAUACCAUUGGGCAGUAGCAGUAUAAUUAGAAGCUCAACAUCUACGGCCACUACAAAAUACGCAGAUUCUCACCAUGCCUUCGUCGGCUAGGCUCUUUUGCCGAGUUUGCGGCCUUAGAUGCCCAUCCCGGAUUACCUCACGAAGCUUCAGCGUCGCUGCUGCCCGCCAAGAGAAGACUUCUGCCCAAGCUCAUCCUAUAGGAUCGUUUUACCAGAGUCUAAUCGACUACAAAACACCGUUUGUAACCAACGAAAAGCGCAAUGAACCGCCCACAACCACUUCUUCGCCCACCACAUCCAAGACAUUCGAGUUUAGCCCAGGGCCAACAAUACCGGAUUCACAAGAAGAGAGGGCUAAAAUUAUCUUUGGAUCUUCGCUAGCAGGGCCGGCGGCGAAAAAGGUCGAGCGCAUGGCGACAAGAAAGGCACAAUCGACAUACAUUGCUGGCGUACUUGUGCCACCCCGUCCCGAGGAGCCUGAUAACUGUUGUAUGAGCGGUUGCGUAAACUGCGUGUGGGAUAUCUAUCGAGAAGAUAUGGAGGACUGGUCCGCGGCGAACAAGGAAGCGCAACAGCGGUUACAGAGUGCUGGUGGCAGCGUUGAUGCUGACGGAGGUGGCUCCGUGGCUACCGAAACCAAGAUUGCCAAAGAUUUAUGGCAAGACGACGUGUUUGAAAAUGUUCCCGUGGGCAUUCGCGAAUUCAUGAAGCAAGAGAAACGGCUACGUGAGAAGCAUGAGCGAGAACAAGGCACAGCCCUUUAACACUAAGGUGGACAGCAUCUUCCUAGCAUAGCACCGAUAGACUGCAUUUGAUACCCCAUGUCAUUAUAGAAUAUAGCAUACUAGACCACGAUUUCUAGAAAUUUACACACAAUUUCACAGUAUAUGGGGAAGUUGUUAAGUUGAAAGUUUCUCGAGCCU